GACGUUCUGCGAGACGGAUAGCUUGUCAGCCGGGCGCGACAAGUCCUUGAGCCCCGCAGCGACGAGACACCACUUCAUCAGCGGUGCCCAGAAGAAGACCGUCUUCGGUCCUGCGGGGUGGUUCAUGAACGCCUGAAACUUCGAUCCCGCUGCUGCCAUGGCUUGACGCGAGCCACCACCUCUCUCACCGGUUCGUAUCCGCCUAACCACCUUCGCGCGCGCCACUUAUCUCACUCUGCACUUCUCAGGACGUGCUCUGUGGUGUGCUCAAGAUGCGCGCUACCGCUGUCCGCUCGCUGGAAGUCAUCAAGAAGUCCGUCUUGGAGAAUGGCGUGCGGGUCGUCCCACGCAUACAGCCGUUGACGCGCGCGACGCGCGAGCCGACGGUCCUGGAGCUUCUGCAGGAACGGAGGAAGGCCGCUGGCGCGCAGUGGCCCGCCAACAUACGCUUGGAACCGGCGGUGCCGAAGACAGCAUUGGUCGACGUCGAGCGCCAUGCACGGAGAAAGCUGAAGCUCUUGACGAGGGAGCGAUGAGUGCCCACCCUCACUGGGUUGUGUGUCGAGUAUCUCGUGCUAUCCUUUGUCCGUAUAGACUUCGCCUUUAGUCCCCCGCUAUCCUAUGCUGCACGCUCCCCUCA